AUGAAAAACUCCACAGGCAGCCCUGAGGUUCUGGGGAUUCUCCAAAGGAAUCUAGAAAGGAAGAUAUUUGCUCUAAGAAUAGAUAAGGUAAGAAGUAAGGGGCUUCCUGUUGCCAGGCAUCUGCCAGAAAAACUCUCCGGGUACAUGGCCACUAUGGAAAUAAGCCGGCCAAGGAUUUCCAUGAAAAAUAGGAAUCUUUGGGUCAGCUCUACUUCCAGAAUGGCUUAA